GGUCCCACACGAGCAUUGGUCACACCUCGACUAACUCCUUCGGUUUUCACUCGCCUUUGACAAGCACAAGCUUCCUCAGAACCAAUUAAAAUGGCCGUUGGUGCUUUGCUCGCUGCCGCUGAUGUGGACGCAGCUCUUGCUGCCUGCCAGGCUGCUGACUCCUUCAGCUUCAAGACCUUCUUCGCCAAGGUUGGCCUUUCCGCCAAGUCCUCCGAUGAGGUCAAGAAGGCUUUCGCCAUCAUUGACCAGGACAACAGUGGCUUCAUUGAGGAGGAGGAGCUGAAGCUGUUCCUGCAGAACUUCAAGGCUAAUGCCAGGGUUCUGACAGACAAGGAGACCAAGGCCUUCCUCGCCGCUGGAGACAUUGAUGGUGAUGGCAAAAUUGGAGCUGACGAGUUUGCUGAUCUUGUUAAGGCUUAAACGUUCUUCUGACCAAGACCCUUCCGUAUGCAAGGAACCAGAACUCACGACAGCUCACAACUAUCUCAGCUCGACUUUUUUAUACAUAUGUCUUAUUUAUGAAUGACGUUUAGGCGGUUUACUCGAUUUCGAGUAGGCUGUCUAGAUAGGCUGUUGCUUGUGUUAGUUGGAUGUUUUUCAAGCCCAUUGGCUUGUGCAAAUGUACAAUCUUGAAUGCACAUAUGGGAAAGAGUGAAAACAAGGAAUAAAUCUAGUUUUGGUGUAA